CAUUCUAAUUAACUAAGUAACUAAGUAACUCAUUCAUCUAUCAUCUUCCCACUAUUUCAAACAAAUAAACUCAAUAUCCCACAGUGAAAUCAUAAAUGAUGACUAGCUCCGAUCAAUCUCCAUCGCACAACGUCUUUGUCUACGGCAGUUUCCAAGAACCAGCCGUCGUAGGUCUGAUCCUUGAAUGCACUCCGAUCAUCGUCUCCGCUCAACUCCACGGCUAUCACUUGUAUAGACUCAAGGGUCGUUUGCAUCCAUGCAUAUCUCCUUGUGAGAAUGGUGUAGUCAACGGAAAGAUACUAACUGGAUUAACAGAUGCUCACUUAGAGAAUUUAGGUAUGAUUGAAGGAGAUGAUUAUGUGACGAAGACUGUUGAAGUUGUUUUGACUGACACUUGUGAAAAGAUGAAUGCGAAAACAUGUGUAUGGGCAAACAAGGAUGAUCCUGACAUGUAUGGAGAAUGGGAUUUUGAGGAAUGGAAGCGGCUUCAUAUGGAGAAAUUCAUAGAGGCUUCCAAGAAGUUCAUGGAAUGGAAGAAGAAUCCGGAUGGGAGAAGUAGAGAAGAGUUUGAGAAGUUUGUAUAGGCAGAUCCUUCGGCUUCGGCUUGAAGAAUUUGUGUGACUUUUAUCUCAUCUUAUGUGUAUUUUUGUUUCCCAUCUACUAGAUAUGUAGCAACUACUCUCAUUUACUGCAAAUAUAUCAGUCUCAUUACAAAAGACAAUAAGAGGCUUUGUUAGUUGGGAGCACAAAGAAUAUGUGUAUCUUAUAUAUUUGUUUGUGAACAUUGUUGUAUGAAAGCAUGGUGUUGUAUUAUCAUUUCCUAAAUGUCAAUUGAGAUAAAAGCAUUUUUGUGUUUA